GAUUGCAGUGAGGUGUGGCGGUGCACUCUAUUUCAUCAUGGCGUUUAAUUUCGAGUUUUUAACUAUUUUACUGUGUUUUACGACAAUUGCUUGGGCACAACGGACUCCAACAAUCUCCCACAUAACCCAGGAGCAGAUCCGAGACAUCGGAGGACAAGUAGACUUGGAUUGCUCUGUCCACUACGCUCAAGACUAUCCUGUGUUAUGGGUGAAGUACGAUCGCAUGAAGGCAACGGAGUCUCUACCCCUGUCGACCAACUCUGGUCUAAUCAUCAGGGACUCCAGAUUCUCGUUGAGAUUCGACGCUGCCUCCGCCACCUAUACGCUUUCAAUAAAAGACAUUCAAGAAACUGACGCCGGCUGGUACCAAUGUCAAGUGAUAAUAUCCGUAAGCAACAAGAUAACCGCCGAAGUAGAGCUACAAGUGAGACGACCUCCAAUAAUUUCUGACAACUCCACGAGGUCGCUUGUCACUAGCGAGGAAGAGAGUGCUCAGAUGGAAUGCUACGCUGGGGGCUUCCCACCGCCGAAGAUCUCGUGGCGUCGCGAGAACAACGCUAUUUUGCCCACCGGAGGUUCUAUAUACAGAGGCAACAUUCUAAAGAUAGCAUCCGUCCACAAAGAAGACCGCGGUACAUACUAUUGCGUAGCCGAAAAUGGAGUAGGAAAAGGCGCAAGGCGUAAUAUUAACUUGGAAGUCGAGUUUGCACCCGUCGUCACUGUACCACGACCACGUCUUGGACAGGCCCUUCAAUACGACAUGGACCUGGAAUGCCACGUGGAAGCGUACCCCCCUCCCGCCAUCACUUGGCUCAAGGACGAAGUCCAGCUGUCGAACAAUCAGCAUUACAGAAUCUCCCACUUCGCGACAGCGGACGAGUUUACGGACACUACGUUACGCGUCAUUACAAUUGAGAAACGACAGUAUGGCACAUUCACUUGCAAGGCGCAGAACAAACUGGGCACAGCCGAGGGCCAGGUUGAAUUGUUCGAAACCAUAAUACCGGUAUGUCCCCCGGCUUGUGGCCAAGCACGCUACGGGGGUGCCGCUUCGUUAGCGCCCUCUGCCGGUACUGUUGCUGUUUUGAGCGCUAUUUAUAUCGCUUACGCUAUUAAAAGAAUCGCCAAUCCCCGACAUUAACUACUCCGGCCUACGUCUGGACCCUGAGAUAUACGGCUACAACAAAGCACCACAAACACAAGUACUUUGUAUCACAUACAUAUCGCUUCUAACUUCUUUUAUUGUAUUUAAGUAGAUUAAGACUGCUUUGACAGCUAGUCUAUGGCUCAACUCACAGGCACUGAGUCGAAGCGUCUUGUUUUUCAACUACACCGCCUGGCGAUGCGCGCAUUAGUGCGCCGGGAUCACAGUGUGGUCGGCGCCUGACGCCUCGCGGCGCCCAGGAUCGAUUCCAUAUUUGCAAACACAAAUUUGUACCUUAUUGAUGGGAAAAUAGAGAUGAAUAUGCUAUAGGCGAAAAACACGAC